AUGUCCGACUGGGAUAGCACAACAGUUAUUGGUCAGAGAGUGAGAACCGGGGGCGGUGGUCCAAGACAACAAGUGGCGCGGUCUCAGGGCCAGAUCAAUGCGGCCAGAAGAAGUGGUAAUGUUCUUUCCGUCGAUAAGAAAUACAGUUCGGCCAACGCCAAGGGAAACAACGAGGGCCAGAGACUCACAAUGGUCGACCGUGAAACCGACAUUGUCGUUCCCAAGAAAAUGGAUAUGUCUGUGGGGAAGACCAUUGCUAAGGUGCGGGGUGAAAAGUCCUUGACCCAGAAGGACCUGGCCACGAAGAUCAAUGAGAAGCCUACGGUCAUCAAUGACUACGAGGCUGGUCGUGCCAUCCCAAACCAGCAGAUUUUGGCGAAAUUGGAGCGUGCUUUGGGGGUGAAGCUCAGAGGAAAAGCCGUUGGUGAGCCACUGGGACCUAAGAAGAAGGCCUAG